AUGUCUAAUAUGGCAGGAUCGAGUACCUCUGAGCUGCGAACUCCAAUUUUCAAUGGCGAAAAUUAUGAGUUCUGGAGUAUCAGAAUGAAAACUAUUCUGAAAUCUCAUGGUUUAUGGGAUUUGGUCGAGAAUGGGUUAAGUGACCUAGAUCUGAAGAAGGAGAAAGAGGAGGCUGUAGACACUGAGAAGUCUAUGGUGGUUCAGACUCUGAUGAAGGAUGCUCGUGCACUUGGAUUGAUCCAAAGUGCUGUUUCAGAUCAGCUAUUUCCAAGGAUCGUGAAUGAGGAAACUUCGAAGGGGGCUUGGGAUAUUCUGAAGCUGGAAUUCAGAGGAGAUAAACAGGUACGAAAUGUCAAAUUGCAAGGGCUGCGUAGGGAAUUUGAAUAUACCCGCAUGAAGGAUAGUGAAUCUUUAUCUGUAUAUCUGGUUAGGUUGUUUGAUAUAGUAAAUCAUAUGAAGAGUUAUGGUGAGGAACUAUCUAGAGAGAGAAUUGUCCAGAAACUAUUGUUUAGUUUACCUAAAUCUUAUGAUUCUAUCUGCUCUGUAAUUGAACACUCUAAGGACCUUGAAACACUUGAGGUUCAAGAGGUUGUUGCUUCACUGAAGAGCUUUGAGCUCAGAUUGGAUAGACACACUGAGAAUUCUACAGAAAAGGCCUUCACUAGUCUGAAUGUUGGUAGGAAAAACCUUGAAAAUGGAAUUGUUUCUGCAGAUCAAAUAUCUCAGAAAAAUUGGAAAUCCAACGAUGGAAACAAAAUGGCCUGCAAACAUUGUGACAGAUUUCAUUAUGGAAAAUGUUGGUAUGAAGGAAAACCUAAAUGCCAUGGUUGUGGGAAGCCUGGACAUAUGAUCAGAGAUUGCUAUGGACACAAGAAUGUGCAGAGAGUGAAUUAUGCAAAUCAGGAGGAAGAUUGUGGCACUUUGUUUUAUGUGUGUAAUGCUGCAACUGAUGUGAAGGUAAAUCACUCUUGGUAUAUUGACAGUGGUUGUAGUAACCACAUGACAGGAGAUGAGGGACUUUUGGUCAAUAUUCAAAGGAAUUCGAGCUCUAAGGUGAAGAUGGGAACUGGAGAAAUGGUCCCAGUUGCUGGAAAAGGGACUUUGGUGAUAAAAACUAAGUUAGGCAAGAAGCACAUUCAUGAAGUAAUGCUUGUACCUGGCCUUGAAGAAAAUUUGCUUAGUGUUGGGCAAAUGAUGGAACAUGGCUAUCACCUUGUGUUUGGAGGAAAUGUGGUGAGUGUUUAUGACAAUCAGUCACUAGAAAAUCUGAUUGUAAAGGUGCAGAUGACAAAUAACAGAUGCUUUCCAUUGACAAUGAUGCCUGCGAGUGAGUUGGUCCUAAAAGCAAGUGUCACACAUUGCUUGCAGACAUGGCAUAAGAGGCUGGGGCAUUUAAAUGAAAGAAGUAUAAAAUUGCUUGAGAACCAAGGGAUGGUUCAUGGCUUACCUCACUUGGAGCAGAAGUCAGUCGUAUGUGAUGGUUGUAUGCUUGGAAAACAGCAUAGGGAUUCUUUCCCUUUGGAAUCCACUUGGAGAGCUUCAAACCCUUUGGAAUUGGUUCACACAGACAUCUGUGGACCAAUGAAAACAGAAUCAUUAUCUGGAAACAGAAAAUUCAAAGCUAUGACUGAGCUGCAAAGUGGGUAUAAGAUAAAAGGCUUGAGAAGUGACAGGGGUGGAGAGUUUCUAUCUGGAGAAUUCAACAAGUUUUGUGAGGAAUCUGGUAUUCAAAGGCAGCUAACUAUGGCAUAUUCUCCACAGCAAAAUGGAGUGGCCGAGAGGAAGAACAGGACAGUAGUGGAAAUGGCCAAGUCCAUGUUGCAUGAGAAAGGUGUUCCCUAUGAGUUUUGGGCAGAAGCUGUAAAUACAGCAGUCUAUCUGCUGAAUAGAUGUCCUACCAAGGCUCUUAACAAGAUAACACCAUUUGAAGCUUAUACCGGCAGAAAACCAGGAAUUGCACAUUUAAAAAUAUUUGGAUCUCCUUGUCAUGUGCUUAUUCCUUCAGCAUUGAGGCAUAAGCUUGAAGAAAACAGUCACAAGUGUAUUUUGUAG